AUGUUUCCACGUGAUCAGGCUGGAUCCGAUUCGAGCCACGAUAAGACGGUUCUCGCCGGAUCGAACCAAACCAAACCCAGGGCAUCGCCACACACGCAAAAAAUCAGGGCCAGUGAUCAAGCACCCAAGUCAACGCGAUCGACUGGAAUACCACCAAAGACCUCUUACUACUUUGACUACGAGAGCGACGAUGUCGACCCAUGGGAAUGCCGAAUGCGGUGUGAACGCUGUGUGGCCACCAAAAUCGAUGGUCGACGCUGCACCCGCACGACAUGCAUUGGUGUCAAAUACUGCUACUCCUGUCUGGCGACGGUGAAAAACCUGCGCAUCGACGACUCCACCAUCCCAGGCGCAGGAAAGGGGUUGUUUGCGUACAAGCAUGUGCCCGCGAGUGUGUAUGAUGACGAAGAGCGAGAACGACUCGAUAAUGCAGUCCUGUUCAAGAGAGGCCAAGUGAUCAUCGAGUACGAUGGGCAGCCCAUCCCUGGCCAAGAGAGGCGAACCCGAUACGGGAACACCAACGCCCCAUACCUCGUUGAACGCCGAAUCGGGCUCAACGUGGGUCGAUACGAAGACGGUGCAUGCCGGAGAGGAAUCGGAACGCUCGCCAACCACUCAGACGACAGCAGCGAUGUUAACGCAAAGCUCGCCCAGGAUAGGGGAGUCGGUGUGGUGCUGAAGGCACUGCGGGACAUUCACAAUGGAGAAGAAAUCUUUAUUGACUAUGGUGGUGCAUUUGGCCUGGACAAAGAGGACGCCGUGUUUGGUACGAAGCGCAAGACCAACACACGCGAGCGACUUGCACGGAGCAAGAUAUGAUCGCGGAUGUCGGGCCUGGCACUCAGUCUUCAGAGAUCCAAGCGGGCAUCUCCCUGCCAGGAGCAAUGUAGUACACCAAGAGUGCGAUCACGGCUUGGUUGAAUCCGCCAUUUUCCACAG